CCGGACAUGCCCUGUUCUGCUCCAUUUUCAUCUUGAGAGUGCUGGCUCCCGAGGGUGUGCGGAGGGAGGCUUGCUCCUCCAGGCUUUGCCAGGAAAUCUGUGAUCUCCUAGGCCAAGAAGAAGAAACUGAGGACUAUCUCUGAAAGCCAUUGAAUUCCUUAGUUAAAUCCAGAGGGAAAGUCUGAGAUCAAUAUGGCUGUUGUGUCUGUGAUAGUUGAGGAUAAAUUAUUGGAAAGAGACAGGUACUAACUACUUCCUUUUGCAUUUGACUCUUGGUCCUUUUUUUGUGAGCUUUUUGUUCCUGAAAAGCUGGCUUGGGUCAACGUAGUAAGUAAAAAAAAAACCCUCAAUGAAAGAAGCUGGGAAUCUCCAAUCUCCAUCCCAAAACAUGUCGCUGAUGACUUGAACAUAUCACCAGAUACUCAAGAUACAGACGGCAGCUUCCACCUAUGGGAGAAUGACCCUCUGAAGAGAAACUUGGAAUCAUCAUCAGAGCCAUUGGAGGGGACAUCUGAGAGUCAUGUGGGUGAAAUUUUACAAGACCCUGUCAUGCCUCCAGUCCAGGGUAGAAAGUUAGAUCCACUUCCGAAAAUGCAUAGACGUCUUAAGAAGGCUGUAAGGACAAAGAGAAUGAGGAAGAGCAGGAGGAAGGAGAAGGUGGAGACCCACCAUGCCCCCAUCCUUCCAACACCUUUUGUGCCACCACAAAGUGCAGAUGAGGUGGUAGACACAAAGCCGGCUGUAUUCAGUGCUCAGGAAGAUGAUCCUGACCUUCCCAGUGAGGACAGGUUACAGAGUCAGCAGGAUAAGGGCACAUGUGCGAUGCAUCAGGAGUGUCAGAUACAGCCCUGUGAGCUCUCAGUGUCCCAGGAGCCGGGGCCGUCUUCUCCGGCAGUGACAUCCUUGGCAUCACCACCACGCUGCUUUGGUCGCUUCCUAAGCUGCGUCUGCCAGACCUUCUUGAGGUCUAGGAAGCAGAAGGCCCCCAGAAGAGAGGACACCAAGCAGGCUGGGGCAGGAGGUGAUGCUAAGGCUCUAAGACCUGCCCUGCUGAGGGGUCUGGGCAGAAACAGAGUGCAACCUCAUGAAAGCCUGUAGCAAGUUGAUGCCGAUAUGGCUUCUCCCUGUGUUUCAUUUUGUAAUUUUCCCCGUGUUGUUGUUCCUGUUGGUCGAUUCUUGUUUAUCAAAGAUGAACGUUUUUGCUCUGCUUUUUUGCUGAGAUCCUUAAGCCUGAG